CUUCAUUCUGAUGUGCUCAACACUUCCGCGUUUCCCAAGAUGUCAGCGCCCGGUGGUCAUGUGUGUGUGUCUGACUGUGUAUGACAGCAACGGUUUAGUAGUCGUAAUCCCAGCAUGGACUUUCUGUGGCUUUUCAUCCUCUAUGUGUUUUUCCUCGUUCUUUGUGUUUCUGUUUUCUGCUUCUUGUCUGGGAGAUCCUCGGGCAGGCUGCACGGCGUCCUCCAUAGAGCAGAACAGGCCCUUUCCCUCGUGUUACCAUCAUGGCUCCAGAGAGGCAUCAGCAGCUGCUUCCAUACCAGGAGUCACGCUUUUGUCUUGUUGCACCUGGUCCUGGAUACGCUGGUGUUUGCGGAGUACACCGGGGAGGUUCUCCACUACAUUCUGGAACUGGAGCUGAACUGGGCGCUGGUUUACCUGCCGUAUAUCCUGAUAACACUGAACCUGUACUUCUUCUACAAAUGCUGCAGGACAGACCCGGGAAGAGUCACCAAACAGAAUGAAUCGCUUUGUCUCGGGGUGUACGAGUACGACGAGGUUAUGUUUUUCCGAAGCAACAAGUGUCCAACGUGUCACCUGAUGAAACCGGCGCGAUCCAAGCAUUGCGGUGUCUGCGGGAGCUGCAUCCAACGCUUCGACCAUCACUGUGUUUGGGUGAAUAACUGCAUCGGAGCCCGGAAUAUCCGAUUCUUCCUCCUGUACCUGCUGAGUCUGACUCUCACAGCCGCCUCCUUAGCUGCUGUCAUUACGGUGUUCCUCCUGCAGGUGGUGCUGCUCUCACAUAUGAUGGCCGCGGCCUAUGUGGACAGCGGGGGACACGAAGAGAUCGCCAGCUUAGUUUAUGUUAUACAGCACCUCUUUCUGACUUUUCCGAGGAUCGUCUUCUUGCUGGGAUUCCUCUUCAUCCUGAUCUUGUUCUUAGGAGGGUACACCUGCUUCUUGUGGUAUCUAGCCAUCACCAACCGGACCACCAACGAGUGGUACAAAGCUCGGAGGAUACCGGGGGCUCCUAAAGGUUAUUCCAGGGGAAUUCUGGGUAACCUGAAAGAAAUAUUCCAACCUUACACCGGCUACAAGAAGAAGAGAUGAGUUGUCAUCUACAUGACAGAGAUGGGAACAUAAAGGGUUAACCGGAUGAAGAACUCCGCCGGUGAAGGAGAUGGAAGGAACUUUCCAUAUACAAACUCAAUGAUAAAUUACAGCAGUGUUUACCAACCAGCGUGCCUCCAGCU